CUCCGUCAUUCAUCAUCCAUCAUCGAUUUUCAUCGAAUUUGGUCGGUUCCUCCUCAUCCGCGCUCGCCGCUCUUCACCCUCCCCUUAUCAUCCCGUCUUAUCUCUCCGGCUUCCAUCAAUAGAUGGCGCUCUCUCUUUAUCCCCUCCGCCGUCAUUCUCACGCAUAUACCAUUGCCCUCUCGCAACCGAUCCGCAGGGCCAGUAGGAAUUGAAUCUCUGCCCAAUUGAUUAUCUAUUGAACUAUUUAUUCCAAACCAAUCCAUCCCAGCCCUAAACCAAAUCCAACCCAUAUUCAAAGCAAGCAAAUCACACCCAUCAUGGCCAUCGAAAUCCUCCCCUUAACCAAGGCGGACAUUCCCGAGGCCGUAGCAUGCAUUCAGAAAGCCUUUGCCGACGAUCCGUACUUUCACUGGGUAUUUAACGAUCCAUCCGGGUUCAACAUCCACCGCAACGCCGCCUCACUGACCGCACACUUCCUCUACGGCCUCUCCUGCAACGAGCCCAUCUACGUCGCCAAAUCGCCCGCCCCGAAGCACCCCUCCGACAAAUACCCCGCCGCUGGACCUACCGUGGUCGGCGUGUGCUGGUGGUACAGCCCACAACCCCCCUCCCAACCCAUCCCGUGGUCCGUCUGGGCCCAGGACUGGCUGCUCUCCUUCCGCCAACUCCUCUUCAACAUCAAGUUCGGGGGCCGGGGCGGGUUAAACGUCCGUCGGUAUUGGAUGUGGAAGGAUCGCCAGCACCAGACGCAUGAGAAAGUCUGGACCGAUCCGAGAGGGUAUUACUUUUGUAAUGUGAUUGCGGUGGAUUCGUCGAUGCGGGGGAUGGGGGUGGGACGGAAGUUGGUCGAGGUGGUGAGUCGGAAGGCCGAUGCCGAGGGUAUGCCCUGUUACUUGGAGAGUUCGAAGGGGUUUCCCAACUUGGCUAUCUAUGAGAAGUUGGGGUUUGAGUUGGUCAGUGAGAUUGAUUGCGUGGAUGGGCGGGAUCGGUGCAAGCUGUAUUGUAUGAUCCGGCAGCCGAAGAUUAAGGCGUAGAUUGUUGCUACUAUAGUAAUGCAGUCUGAAAUAUCACGGUCUGGUAUCAUUUCAUCGAUCUACAUGUACAUGCUGUACUCCACAAAAAUAUCGACAAACACACUCAACAUCACGUCUCACCCUCGACCUACAUCCUCCCCGAUAUCAAACUUCAAACCUUCCUUCCACAGCUUCAUUUUCAUAUCCAUCCUAACAAUCCACGACCGAUC